ACUUCAAGACCAAAAGUGCUCCUACUUCACCCUCUCCUACUCCCUUGACCGUCUGCUUUGCUAUUGGCUGAGACAUCUCACCCUCUCUCCCUCACCUGCCAUGCGACUUUUCAUCUGUCGAUAUUGCUGCAUUUCACCUUCAACCAUCACUGGAGACGUUACAGUCUAUGGAAAUUUAUGUCAAGCUAGGCCAUCUCUAUUUGCUAUGUUGGAGGUAGCCCACAUCGGGCGGGUACUCCACUAAUCUUUGCUAUUUCAGCGGGGGCAUUUUCCAUUCUCAUUUCGACUUGACGAUGCCUCCUCAAGCCUCUGGUAAAGCUGUUAAAAAGGCCGGAAAGGCCCAAAAGGCUGUUCGUGCCGGUGAUAAGAAAAAACGCAAGAAGCGUAGGAAGGAAUCUUUCGCUAUUUACAUCUACAAAGUUUUGAAACAGGUGCAUCCUGAUACCGGUAUUUCCAGCAAAGCCAUGUCAAUCAUGAACUCUUUCGUGAAUGACAUUUUCGAACGUAUCGCAGCCGAAUCUUCCCGAUUAGCUCACUACAACAAGAGGAGCACAAUUACCAGUCGGGAAAUUCAAACAGCUGUGAGGCUUUUGUUGCCUGGUGAAUUGGCCAAGCACGCAGUUUCCGAAGGAACCAAAGCUGUCACCAAGUACACUAGCUCCAAGUAGAAAAAUGGAAUCCCUCGUUUAAAAAAAA